ACUGGAGCCGCCGAGCCCUGGCAGAGUAAAAUCUUGCAGGCGAAGGGAGAGGCAGCAAGCGACGCCAGCUCCGGCCAGCCGACCGAGGGAUCCCGUGCACGUCUGGCGUUCCUUUUGCUCUCUUUUUAAGAGCCCGGCUUCUUUUUUUGGCACUCUUGGUCAGGCUGCCGGAAAAAAACCCUAAAAUCCUAUUUUCCAAAUUGUUUCGCCCCCCUCUGUGCAAGAAGCGGAUCGGAGCGGUUGCUUUCCCAGCCUAACUUUGGGGGUCGCGGCAGAAGAUCGAGGAGGCGAGGGGGCCCCUUGGGCGCUCCUCCCGCCUCUCUCCUCGCUGGAUUCCUUGACCACGGAGCCCCAGCGAGCAGCCUCGCUGGGAGUGAAUGACAGCUGUCAGCUAAACAGGAUGGCCGCUCUGGAUACGAAUAACAACGCCCCAGGGGGCGUGAUCAGCUACAUUGGCUCUAAUGGGUCUUCACCAAGCCGAACCAGUCCCGUCUCUCUGUGUGGCAGCGAUAGCUCCAACAGCAGUUGCCAGCUGUCCUCCCAAGCCAGCUUCCCCAGUUACUUCCCACCAUCACCCACUGGAUCUCUGGUGCAGGAUACUGGACGUCCAUAUGGAAGUAGCUCAGCUGGUCUACGUGAAGAUGCCUCUCCUUCCUCUUCCUCCUCCUCCUCCUCCUCCUCCUCUUCUUCUUCCUAUAGCUCUGGAGGCUCCCCGGUGGGGCUGCAGGUGGCCUUGGAUGACGGGAGGCGCGUCUCCCCUGCCAAAAGCACCAGCAGCAGUAUUACAAAGCUCAAUGGGAUGGUCCUUCUUUGUAAAGUCUGUGGGGACGUUGCCUCGGGAUUCCACUACGGCGUCCAUGCUUGUGAAGGCUGUAAGGGUUUCUUCCGGCGCAGCAUUCAGCAGAACAUCCAGUACAAAAAGUGCCUGAAGAAUGAGACUUGCAACAUCGUGCGCAUCAACCGGAAUCGUUGCCAGCAGUGUCGCUUCAAGAAGUGUCUGGCUGUUGGCAUGUCCCGGGAUGCCGUCCGUUUUGGUCGCAUCCCAAAGCGCGAGAAGCAACGGAUGCUGGCUGAGAUGCAGAGUGCCAUGAACAACAUGGCCAACAACCAGUUGAGCCUGCAGUGCUCACCUGAGAGCUUGCCAGCAGGACACUCGCAGCCAGCCAACCCCUUGCUGUGCCGCCAACUGGCCCCUCGUUCCCCGCCACCCCACGCAGCUUCACCACCUCAGCCGUCCCCUUGCUUCUCCCAGUUCUCCCAGCAGCUGACACCCCCACGCUCCCCAAGCCCUGGUGACAUCAUGGAAGACGUCAUCUCGCAAGUGGCCAAGGCCCACAAGGAGAUCUUUGUUUAUGCCCAUGAUAAACUGGCUACGGGGCCCCUCCAACCCACAGAAGGUGAUAAUUCUCUCAGCUGGCAGAACACCCAGCUGACCAAUGGCUAUCACGGCAAUGGGGUUUAUCUUCAGAAUGACAACUGGAACACUGGCUCGCCACCCAGUAACACCUGUCACCAGAAUAACAUCAAUGGGCAUCGGUUCUGCCCCUCUGGCUACCCUUCACUGGAGACAGAUGCCUCGACCGGACGGGGCUGCCCCCGGCAAGGCGAACCCAAAGAUGUACUCCUGGCAUGCCCUAUGAAUUGUCACCCCCAUGGUCGCAGUGGCCGCACGGUCCAGGAGAUUUGGGAGGAUUUCUCACUGAGCUUCACCCCUGCCGUCCGAGAGGUUGUGGAGUUUGCCAAGCACAUCCCAGGUUUCCGGGAGCUUUCCCAGCAUGACCAGGUCUCCCUCCUAAAAGCUGGUACAUUUGAGGUGCUGAUGGUCCGGUUUGCUUCCCUCUUCAAUGUUAAGGACCAGACAGUGACCUUUAUGAGUCGCACCAAAUACAGCUUAGAAGAGCUGUGGGGGAUGGGCAUGGGAGACCUCCUGACAUCCAUGUUCGAGUUCAGCGAGAAACUUGGGGCCUUGGACCUCUCCGAAGAAGAGCUGGGCCUGUUCACUGCUGUGGUGCUGGUCUCUGCAGAUCGUUCUGGCAUAGAGAACCCAGCCUCUGUGGAGCAGCUUCAAGAGACGCUCAUCCGCGCCCUGAGGGCCCUGAUCCUCAAAAACCAUCCCCAGGAGACUUCCCGCUUUACCAAGUUGCUGCUGAAGCUUCCCGAUCUCCGCACCCUCAACAACAUGCACUCUGAGAAACUGCUGUCCUUCCGCAUAGACACUCAGUAGAGGGACAAGGUGGGGAAGGGGCAGCGCCCGCUGCCUCCCUUCCUGCCCUGUCUCGCCUUCCACCACUGCACUAACUGGACUGUUCCCUGGGUGUGGCUUAUUUAUUUAUAUUGGCGUAGCACAACUGCUGCCCCCACCUGCCUGGACCCAAUCAGCGCAUCGACUUUGUAAAUAUAUCUCUGUAUAUUGGAGUUGUGUGAAUAGAACUACUACUCUUCCUUGCUGUGGUACUGGCCACACAGGAAUAAUAUAUUGAAAAGCAAACCGCUUGA